CAGAGCUACGUAAGUAGUUUCUCGCUAUUAAACCAGCCCGGCAUUUCUCUCUUUCUGCAUAUCUUGCGUCAUCAUAUCACGUCUACACAAUGGCUUCAAUGAGUCCCCAAUCGCGUGAUAUCCCUCCGGACGACGAGCUGGACGAUAUCCUCAAUGGCAUUGCGGAAGGCAGAGAUAUCCCCACUACAAACGACAAUCAGACUAAAACAGAUCGCCCAAGCAACAGGAAAUCCGACAUCACUGGCGCACUGGGUAUCGACGAGGAAAUCGUCAUCACCAAAAAGCGCAUACCAAUACCGAAGCUCGAUGACCAGAGACUGCUCUCCGAUCCAGGCAUCCCACGACUGCGCAAGAUCUCGAAAGAACGUUUACGGUUCAAGGGAAAGGGGCAUGAGUACGGCGACAUUACCCGCAUGUUAAACAUGUACCAACUAUGGCUCGACGAUCUCUACCCUCGUGCCAAAUUCGCAGAUGCGCUUGCAAUCAUCGAAAAGGUCGGCCACACGAAGCGAAUGCAGAUGAUGCGGAAAGACUGGAUAGACGAGGGCAAACCGAGGCGGACCACAGAGCAGGAUGACGAAGAGCUGGAUAGGGUUGUUCACGACGACGCACAAGCGGAACAGCAUACAGAAGCAAUGGAGGGUGUAGAGAAGAAUGCGGGUACUGGGCAGCCGGAGCUCGAGCCUGCAAGAAAAGAACAGACUCCGCGUCCAUCAAGCGAUGCGGCAGAAGGGGCUAUAGGGGACGAUCCGGAUGAAGAUGAACUGGAUGCGCUCUUGGCAGAGAGCGCACCAACAUCAAAGACGUUGCCUUCGCGGCCAGCGGACGACCCUUUUGCGGAUGAGAUGGAGGCUAUGGCGGACCUGGACAUGUGGUGAAGCCAUGGUCUCUAGAGGGCGCGGUGAAUUAUACUAUUUCAUGUGCCUCAGUAGUGUUACGAAGGUGCGCACCGCUCAGCAAGAAGGAUGAGGCAGUAUUAUGACAUUGUUUUAGCAUAGCGUGGCGUUCAGGGAGCACCAGGGACCAGAUGUCGCAUCUUAGGUUUAACACAAUUAUGAAGAUACAGUUGUACAUGUC